AUGCUACUCUUUAAGAGCCCACAGGCUAUAUUGCAACCUCUUUGUGCCUUGCUGGACUCCUGGAAGUGGGAGGAAGAUCAAGGGGAAAGCCAGCCUGUCUACGAUGAAUUUGGAAGUGUUCUUCUCCUGGUUCUUGCUUUCAGGUAUAAAUAUGAUCUGAGUUAUCAAGACCUUGGGAUUUUCAACCCGGAUUCAUUUAUGUGCCGAUUACUCGAGAAAGGUUCAUCAAGUCAAAAGCUGGAGGAUUUGACGGAGAAACAACAGCAGAACCUUGGAGCGUGGAUUACAGCACUAUUUAUCGCUGAAGGAAUUAGUGAUGAAUCCAUGUCCUCUUGUAGCCCGCAAGAAUUUUAUCUUCUAGUUGCUACACUAUUCUGCCAGAGCUUGAGUGCGUGUGAAGCCGGAAAGCUGGAGUUUGAAACGCUCAAGGGUGGAUUCGAGUACCUAUUAGAGCCUUUCCUGCUACCCUCGCUGGUGAUGGCCCUAUCGUGGAUGGGCAAACAUAUUUGGAAGUCUGGCACCGACCUCACUACUACCCUAAAACUUCUAGCCACCCUUGUAAAGCCUACUUCUAUAUCUGGAGAGGCUCAGGAAAUCCAUCGUACAGUACUGUCCAUCACGGCACGGGAACUUGCCGAUGAACUGAGAACUGCAAAGGCCCGUCACCCUUUGAGAACAGACAUUGAACCCAUCCUUCAAGCACUUGAACCGUAUCAGUCCUUUCAGCGGACGGGCACUUCUAGCCGUUCCGAAUUGGAAGGAUGGAGAUCCAGCUCUGCCCCUGGUGGAAUGGUCACUGGGAUUCGAAACACAUUCUCGUCACUGGUACUCUGGAGCACAGAUCCUGAGAUUAGUAUGACUCCCCCAAGCUAUACCCAUAGGCAACUAUUAGCUGGAUUGAAACAUCUAGGUUCUGUCCGAAUUCUAGCGGGGAUACUCGAAGAACUUAAGUUGCAGAGUGAAACCGGGAGUGGUGACCUGGCCAUUGAUAUCGCGGCAACUUUGAUAUGUGCUCCGAUGCGUGAGUGUUUCUCAUUGGAACAAGCAGCGUAUCAAUCAGUGGGUGGUUCUUUAAAGGAUUCAUUGCCCCACCGCCAAAUGCUCAAUCUCAGAUAUGCACUUAACCUUCAGAGAGAGUCUCUCUCCAAGGUGAUAGAAUAUGAACCUCACCGAGCUGAGCUCAUUGUUCGGCUGGCUAGACGUGUUGAUACCCUCACUUCUAUUCCGCAAAUACCCCAGGGAGUUGAAAAUAUUGACGUUGGUAAUAUCAUGGCAAAUAUGGACCUUACGGGCGUCGAAGAAGAUAGACAGAUGCAAAUAGACGUAGCUCAGCAGGCGGAGCAGCAAGACCAACAGCACCAAAAUCUCACCGCUACCGGAACCGAUGCGACUCCUGGCACUAUAGAUGCAAUUCUGGAUGCAGCUACGGCAGAAGGGGUGACUGCACCACCCGCUGGUACCGAAGUAACUAUGGCCCAGUCAGAUAUGGAUGCAAGUAUUUUUGACGACAUGUUAAAUCCUACAGAUAUGGGUGUUGGGAACCCAGAGUUCAUUGAUUUGGACAUGGAGGGGAUGUUUUAG